AGAAGCAUCAGAAACUAAAACCUUCACCAUUGUUAUUUCCAGUCAGUUUUUACUUUAGAGAGAAAGGUUGUUUAGAAAUGUCUUCUGAGCAACUUAGGAGGCAGAAUGUGACGCCCGAGAGGGAAGUUCACAUUGAGAAAGACAGGGUGCCCAAGAUCACCAGCCACUUCGAGUCACUCACCGUGCAUGUGCAAGAGGCCGGCGACAAAGAGACUCCAACGGACAGCACCAAGGACUCGCAUGAUGAUCAGCAGAGGAAGGGAAACACCGUUGGCGACAUGGGGAUGGGAAAGUCCAGAGAGACUCACGAGCUGGAGUCUCAUUCGAGACAGAUGAAGGAGGAGAAUGCUGAGAAGCAGAGAGAGAGGAUGAGGGAGUCCCAUGCGGAUAGGGCUAGGACGGCGAAUAUAGUGGCAGAUAAAGAAGCUGAGGAGAAAAGAGGGAGGGAGAGCGGUGCUCGUGGAGUAGGGAUGUUUGAGAUUCAAGAAAGUGAUGAAGGUCAGAGGAAGGGAGGUAGAGGAGAAAGUAGAGAAGAAAUGAUUGUUGUGAGUCAAGGGAAGGAGGAUUCGAGGGUUAGACAAGAUAGAAGUGAAAUGGAAGGCAGAAACAUGGACAUAAUGGGUGGAGAGAGUAAGAGUGGAGCUCAAGGUGCCGGAAAAGUCGAAGUGAUGAGGGUUGGGGAAGAGAAGGACAGAGAGGGUGAAGGCAGACAGCAAAUGAGUUCUAAAGGAAGGCAGGGCGAGGGUAGACAAAGUGAAGGUGGGAGCACACAGAUGAUGGGCAAAGGACAGGGUAUGAAACAAGAGAGAGCAACGGACACGGAGAUGAUGAGAAGCAAAGUGGAGGGUCGAGUAGGUUGCUCAGAGACUAGGAGCAGAUCAGAAGAGGGUCGGGGCCGCGAGCAGAGACAAGGCACAGAAAUGGAGAGCAGUGCGAACAAGCAGCAGCAACAGCAACAACAACCAUCUCUAGACGAAGUUUCGGCAUUUAGACAAACAGCACAGCAGAAUUCCAUGGAGGCAAUAAGGGCUGCCGAAGAGCGAUAUCAGAAAACCAAAGAAAGUGCGAGCCAGACACUCGGUACUGCAGCCCAGAAGGCUAAAGAAGCAUCUGAGAGAACUACAGAAACUGCAAGCCAGACACUUGGUACUGCAGCCCAGAGAGCUAAAGAUACAGCCAGUACCGCUACCCAGAAGGCUAAAGAAAUUUCAAGCCAGACACUUGGUACUGCAACUGAGAAAGGAGCACAAGUGAAAGACAUUGCAUUGGAGAAAGGCCAGCAAGGACUAUAUACAGCAAAAGACACUCUAUCAAGUGCAGGGGCGAAAACAGCGGAGUAUACGGUGCCACUAGCAGAGAAAGCUAAAGACAUGGCUGUGUCUGCAGGUAAGACCACUCUGCAUUAUGCUGGUGAUGUUGCGGUGGAUUUGAAGGACAAGGUGACUGUGGCAGGUUGGACUGCGGCACAAUACACAACUGAGGCAGCAGUGGAAGGAACCAAAACAGCCGCAAGAGUAGUUGCUGGAGCGGCGGAGUAUGCUGGUCAUAAGGCUGUAGAUAUUGUGUCCAAGCCAUUGAGUGUUGCCAAAAAUGCAGCUGCGGUGACUGGUGAGAGAGCUGAGGAGUUCACUGCUCGGAAGAAGGAAGAGGCACAGCGAGAAUAUGAAGCCAAGAAAGAAGCCGAAGCAAAUAGGCCCAAGGGUUCCGAGACUACUUAUCAAGGGGGAGAAUCCAAGCAAGAGGAGACAUGGACGAAACAAGUUGAGAAGGAAUCUCAGCAUAUGCAGAGGGAAGGUGGGCAAGUAACUGAAAAAACCAGCCAAGAAACUGCUCAAUCACAGAGGGAGGGAGUGCAAGAGGGUGGUUCUGGGGUGCUGGGAACAAUCGGCGGGACUUUGGGUGUGAUACCAGGAGCUGUUGGUGAGACCUUGGUUGAGAUAGCUGAGAAUACAAAAAACUUGGUUGUUGGGCAGGGUGGUAGUGGAAUGGGUGAGGAGGGCCAGGAGGUGUGGAGCACAAAUGCACGGCAAGGAGGGCAGCAGUGGAGCUCAAAUGCUCAGGAAGGCAGGCAGGAAGGGAGGUCAUCUGAGCAGCAAGGCAAGCAGGGUGAGACCUUGAGUGCAAUUCCGGUAGCUGUUGGAGAGACUUUGGUUGAGAUAACUCAGAUUACAAGAGACAAUGUCACUGGGCAGGGCCAAAGUGCAGAAGAAAGUGCUGAGAUGGAUUGGAGGUCAUCUGAUCAGCAGCAAGGCUUGGGUGCAAUACCGCGUGCUGUUGGGGAGACUGUGGUUGGAAUAGCUCAGACAACAAAAGACAACGUUGACAAUCUUACUGGGCUUAGGCAGAGACAGGGACAGGGACAGGGACAGAUGAGAUCUGAUCAUUAGCAAGGAUGGAAGCAAGGAAGAUGGAAGUAGAUGUGAAAUAAGUUAAAGGACACUCGACUUUAUGUUUUGGAUGUGCGAUGUUUGUUAAAAUGGCUGAUGGCAGCGUGUAGUCUGAUAUGUAAUUUUAGUUUAUCGUUUUGGAUGUUGCUGAGUUCAUUGUAUAAUAAAACUGGAUAUUUUGUUUAU